AUGGCAGCAUCAAGUUCUACUGACUCCAACCUGCUGUGGUACCUAGAGAAGCUCAAUAAUAAGGAAUUUCAGAGUGUUAAGGAACAUCUUAUACAAGCACCUUUGGAGUUUGAGCUGCCAGAGAUUCCAUGGCUUCAACUAAGGAAAGCCCAACGAGAAGAUCUGGAUAAGAUAUUGACAACAAAUUAUGAGGCACAUAUUACCUGGAAUAUGAUGUUCAGCAUCUUUCAAAAGAUCAAUCGUCAAGAUCUCUGUGAGAAGAUUGAUGCUAGGCGGAACCGUAACAAAGAGGCACACAAAGUUCUAGUAAGUAAAAAACCCCUACUCCAAUGGAAAGAAGGCAUUUAUCCAAAAGCUAAUGACGAAUUCUAUAAUUCAAUUGCACCGGGACUUCUCCAUGUAUUUGACAUGAUCUUUGACCCUAGAAACAAUCUGUCAUCAGAUAACUUCAAUAUGUUCCUGAUGGGAGAGAGAGCAACUGGAAAAACGGUGCUUAUAAAGACGGCAAUGAUACUGUGGCUACGUGGAGACAUGUGGAAGGAUACAUUCUCAUAUGUUGUUCAUCUCACGUCUCAUGAGAUAAACCAGAUGGCCCGCAGUAGCUUUGUUGAGCUGCUUUCCAAGGACUGGCCUGACAGCCAGGCUCCUGUGGCAGAUAUCCUGUCUGAUUCCCGGAAGCUCUUGUUCGUCCUUGAGGACUUAGACAACAUAAAGUUCACCUUAAACAUGGAUGAAUCUGCUUUGUGUAGUGAUAGCAGAAAUCAGGUGCCAGUAUUGGUACUCCUGGUCAGUUUGUUGAAGAGAAAAAUGGCUCCAGGUUCCUCAUUCCUCAUCUCAGCCAGGCCUGGGCAUCAGGAUGCCAUGGAUGUAUUAUUGAAGGAAACGGAUUUCUCCAUCAUCCUGAAUUUCUCUGAUGAAAUAAGGCAGGCGUAUUUCUCUUCAUUCUUUAAAGACAGUAGGAGGGCUACGAUAGCCUUCAAGUUCAUCCAUGAGAAUGAAAUCCUUGUGGAUCUGUGCAGCGUGCCCAUCUUGUGCUGGGUUGUUUGCACAACCCUGAAUCAGCAGAUGCACGAGGCAGAUGAUGUCAAACUCGAGUUCCAAACAUCCACUGACAUAUACUCCCAUUUUCUCACCAACGCGUUGACAUCUGAGGCUGGUGUGGUUGCUGGUCAGCAUCGCCUGGUUCUACUAGAACGUCUGUGUUGGCUGGCUUUAGAAGGACUGAUGCAAGAUGUAUUAGACUUUAGUGACCAAGACCUCAGAAGUGUUGGGCUUACUGAGGCUGAUAUCUCUGUGUUGCAGACCACAAAUAUUCUUAUGCAGAGCAGCAACUGUGAAGACCAUUGCACGUUCGUACAUCUACAUGUCCAGGAGUUUUGUGCAGCCAUAGCGAUUAUGAGGCCAUUGGUUCAAACCGUGCUCCCCUCAACCUUUAAAGAAAAAGAGAGGAGGGCAGAAUACAAUGAUUUGAGUCCAAUAAUGGCUUGUGUUUUUGGUCUUCUUAACAAGAAGACGAGAGACAUUCUUGAGACAUCCUUUGACUGUCCAUUACUUUCGGGGAUGCACCGGCGGUAUUUCCUGGAGCAAAUGGAAUACUUGGGUGCUAAUCCAAGAGUAAUGGAACACCACAUGCCCUUGUUUUAUUGUCUUUUUGAGAACCAGGAGGAAGAAUUUGUGAAACAGAUAAUGGGGUUUUUCGUAGAAGCCACCGUUCUCAUCCGAGAAAACAAAGAUCUGAUGGUUUCGUCAUACUGUCUGAAGCGCUGCCAUCCACUACAGAAACUUAGGUUGUGUGUUCAAGACAUCUUUGAAAAAAAGGUCAUUGUGGUGAAAACGUCUAGGCUGACAUAUUUUCCUGCUGAUACCAGAUUUGAAGACUUGUUCAAGGCCGUCGUUCACAGCCAGAAUCUGACACACUUGAGUCUGACUUGUAUGCCUGCUUCCGGAAGGGUGUUUCCACUUCUGCGUGAGGUUUUGGCCAAUCCAAUGUGCAACGUACAGCAUCUGAGCUUGAUGAAAUGUGAUCUGAAAAUUAGCACGUGUGAAGAAAUCUCUUUGCUCCUCACCAACAGCAAGAACCUGAAAAAACUGACCUUAUCCAACAACCCACUGAGUAACGAGGGGAUGAAAAUCCUAUGCGAUGCCUUGCUCCACCCAGGCUGUGCUCUCGAGUCACUAGUGUUAUUCCUCUGUUGCCUCACUGAAAGCUCUUGCAACUCCGUUGGGAGAGUUGCUAUGCUCAGUAGAACUCUAAAACAUCUAGAUGUGAGUGUAAAUUACCUACAAAAUCAUGGAGCAUUGGUCUUAAUUUUGUCCUUGAUGGUGCCAUCCUGUCACUUAGAGGAGCUAGAGCUGUCGGGUUGUUUUUUUACUAUUAAUAUCUGUCGAGACAUUGCAACUGCUAUUAUUACUAAUAAAAGACUGAAGAGCCUAGAGCUUGGGAGCAAUAACAUAGGGGACGCAGGAGUGGAGCUGUUGUGUGACGCCUUGGAACACCCAACCUGCAUUUUAGAGAAUCUUGGGCUAGAAGAGUGUAUGCUGACCAAUGCCUGCUGUGAGACUCUUGCCUCUGUUCUUAUCAACAACAAAACACUGAAAAAACUCAAUCUGCUGGGAAACGACUUUGGUGAGGAAGGAAUAGUGCAACUCCUUCGGGGCUUGGGGCACCCUGACUGUAUACUUAAGGCAAUUGGGUAAGUUGGAUGCUAUUUUAUAUGAUGAUGAGUCCCUGGGUGUUGGAAAUGGUUAAGCACUUGGCUACAAACAGAAAGGCUGGUGGUUUGAGUCUACUCAGAGGUGCCUUGAAAGAAAGGCCUGGAGAUCUAUUUUUGAAACGUCUUUGAGAACCCUGUGGAAUACAGUUAUACCCUGAAACACAUGGGGUCACCAUGAGUCAGAAUUGACUCGAGGGCAACUGUUAAGGUAAGAAGGAAAUUCUGUGCUAAGAUGGUUUAGGGUGUACGAGAUGAUAACAGAUCACACUGCUGGCUUCAGCUCUCUAAAAAUGAGAAUACUCUUCCCUGUUGGGAGAUUGAAAAUGUGUGUAAAGGACUUAAAACAGAGUACAUAGUCAAUGCUGAGUAAAUGGCGGCAAUUGGUACAUAAUGCCAAUUAUCCUGUAUUUAAGAAUUUUCUAUCUUACUUUCUAGCUUCUACCUUCC